GUCGCUUCCUCUUGGAGCGCGGCCUCCAGUGCAAUCCGUCCGAGCAGCUGGCGGUGAGACUGGUGCGUGUACUGGAGCGGCAGGGAGACAUGCAGGCUCUCCGGAGUCUCCUCGGCUCCCUCCGCGGCGAGGCUUUGGAGAAGACGCAGAAGGUCAUCAUCGAAGCCGUCCACGCCGAGGUUCGCAUGGGCCACGCCGAAGAAGCCAGAGCACUACUGCAGUGUCUCUUGAAGAGACUUCCGCAGCAGGGGCCCAUCUAUUGUGAGGCAUGUCGCAUUGAGAGCAUCCUCGGCCACUGGCAGAAGGCUCUGGAGACGGCAGAGCAGGGUGUACAGAUUUGUCCGAAGUAUGGACCUUUGUGGUUCGUUCUCUUGCGGCAAGCGGAGAAGCUGCACGGAGCUGCGGCAGUGAAGGACUACGCUCCGAGUGCCAUUGCGAGCAUUUGCAGCGAGCUUCACUGGAAGAUCCACUUCGAGGUAGCUGCGGCCUGUAGCCGCGAAGGUGCACUGCAGCAGCCGCUCGGUGCCGACAAAGCGUUGGCCGAGCCGCGCUGCUGUGCCCCAGGCGCCCCGAAGCCCUUUGAGGGCUCUGGUUCCUAA